CUGCUGUUGUGUCCUGCCUGGCUGCCCGGUGUCUGCUACACUGCUCCCCGCUCUGCCCGCUCCUUCCCCGGACCCAAAGCCCGCCUCGCACCGCCCCGGCUACCGAACUCCCAGUGAAUGCACUAGCCAGCAACCAUGACAGGCAUCGCCGCCGCGUCUUUCUUCUCCAACUCCUGCAGGUUCGGGGGUUGUGGGCUCCAGUUCGAGUCUCUGGCCGAGCUAAUCGUCCACAUCGAGGACAAUCACAUCGACACAGAUCCUCGCGUUCUGGAGAAACAGGAGCAACAACAGCCCACCUACCUGGCCCUGAGCUACAUCAACAGGUUUAUGACGGACGCGGCACGUCGGGAGCAGGAGACCCUGAAGAAGAAGGCCACACCCAAACUUUCCCUGUCAAUCACAGGCGGCGUGUCUCGGAACAGCGUGGCCACACCUCCACGGCACAGCAAUGGCAACCUGACUCCCCCCGUGACUCCUCCCAUCACACCCUCCUCCUCCUUCCGUAGCAGCACGCCCACAGGCAGUGAGUAUGAUGAUGAGGAGGUGGACUAUGAGGAGUCAGACAGUGAUGAGUCCUGGACCACAGAGAGUGCCAUCAGCUCUGAGUCUAUCCUCAGCUCCAUGUGUAUGAACGGAGGAGAGGAGAAACCCUUCGCCUGCCCUGUGCCUGGCUGCAAGAAGAGAUACAAGAAUGUGAACGGUAUUAAAUACCACGCCAAGAACGGCCACCGGACACAGAUCCGUGUGCGGAAGCCCUUCAAGUGCCGCUGUGGGAAGAGCUACAAGACGUCCCAGGGCCUGAGACACCACACCAUCAACUUCCACCCGCCUGUCUCCGCCGACAUCAUCCGCAAGAUGCAGGGAUAGAAAAACAACAACAUUUCCCUAUUCCUCACCAGCACUCCCAACCCCAACCACCCCACACUUUUUCAAUGUCAAUAUCCAACCCACCAAAACAUAUCCCUAUCCCUUCUAGCCCAACCUUAGGGGUGACAACCCAAACCCCUAUCCCUUCUGGCCCAACCUUUAGGGGUGACAACCCAAACCCCUAUCCCUUCUAGCCCAACCUUAGGGGUGACAACCCAAACCCCUAUCCCUUUUGGCCCAACCUUUAGGGGUGACAACCCAAACCCCUAUCCCUUCUAGCCCAACCUUAGGGGUGACAACCUAAAACCCUAUCCCUUCUAGCCCAACCUUAAGGGUGACAACCUAAACCCCUAUCCCUUCUAGCCCAACCUUUAGGGGUGACAACCCAAACCCCUAUCCCUUCUGGCCCAACCUUAGGGGUGACAACCUAAACCCCUAUCCCUUCUAGCCCAACCUUAGGGGUGACAACCCAAACCCCUAUCCCUUCUAGCCCAACCUUAGGGGUGACAACCUAAACCCCUAUCCCUUCUAGCCCAACCUUAGGGGUGACAACCCAAACCCCUAUCCCUUCUAGCCCAACCUUAGGGGUGACAACCUAAACCCCUAUCCCUUCUGGCCCAACCUUAGGGGUGACAACCUAGACCCCUAUCCCUUCUGGCCCAACCUUAGGGGUGAAAACCUAAACCCCUAUCCCUUUUGGCCCAACCUUAGGGGUGACAACCCAAACCCCUAUCCCUUCUAGCCCAACCUUAGGGGUGACAACCUAAACCCCUAUCCCUUCUAGCCCAACCUUAGGGGUGACAACCCAAACCCCUAUCCCUUCUGGCCCAACCUUAGGGGUGACAACCCAAACCCCUAUCCCUUCUGGCCCAACCUUUAGGGGUGACAACCCAAACCCCUAUCCCUUCUAGCCCAACCUUAGGGGUGACAACCUAAACCCCUAUCCCUUCUAGCCCAACCUUAAGGGUGACAACCCCUAUCCCUUCUAGCCCAACCUUAGGGGUGACAACCUAAACCCCUAUCCCUUCUACCCCAACCUUAAGGGUGACAACCCAAACCCCUAUCCCUUCUAGCCCAACCUUAAGGGUGACAACCUAAACCCCUAUCCCUUCUAGCCCAACCUUAGGGGUGACAACCUAAACCCCUAUCCCUUCUAGCCCAACCUUAGGGGUGACAACCUAAACCCCUAUCCCUUCUAGCCCAACCUUAAGGGUGACAACCUAAACCCCUAUCCCUUCUAGCCCAACCUUAAGGGUGACAACCUAAACCCCUAUCCCUUCUAGCCCAACCUUAGGGGUGACAACCUAAACCCCUAUCCCUUCUAGCCCAACCUUAAGGGUGACAACCUAAACCCCUAUCCCUUCUAGCCCUUCCUUAGGGGUGACAACCUAAACCCCUAUCCCUUCUACCCCAACCUUAGGGGUGACAACCUAAACCCCUAUCCCUUCUAGCCCAACCUUAGGGGUGACAACCUAAACCCCUAUCCCUUCUAGCCCAACCUUAAGGGUGACAACCCAAACCCCUAUCCCUUCUAGCCCAACCUUAGGGGUGACAACCUAAACCCCUAUCCCUUCUAGCCCAACCUUAGGGGUGACAACCCAAACCCCUAUCCCUUCUACCCCAACCUUAGGGGUGACAACCUAAACCCCUAUCCCUUCUAGCCCAACCUUAAGGGUGACAACCUAAACCCCUAUCCCUUCCUCCCACACACUAAAGGAUCUAGUGCAUGCUUUAACUUGUUUAUGUCUUGUAUUAUGUUCUUUGGUUUUCACAUGUUACUCUCUCUUAUUUUAAUAAUAUGCAUCUUUAUAGGCUUUUUUUGUUGUUUGUACAUUUGCACAUUCUUAUGCCAACUAUUUCCGUGACUUUUUGUAUUGACAUACGGUGCUAACAAAAUGAAAACAAAGAAAAGAAAAAGAAAGAAAAAACAAAACAGAAGAAGAAGAGAGGAGUAAUGUAAAAGAGAAGGAGGAAGGUGUGGAUGUUGAGUUGGAUUAUACAGUCUAUAUAUAGAUAUAUAAACAAUAGAUGUGUGUAUAUAUAUACAAAUAUAAGUAUUCAUCAGCAUAUACUAAGUAGUUCCACUUUACUUUCAAGCUUUAUUUUUUUAUAUUCUUUUUCGAUAUAUUUUCCAGAUAUUAUUUUCUUUUGAUAUUUCAUCAAUAAGUUUUUUUGUUCCAUUCCUCAACCCCGAGACAACCUGUUCUGUUGUCAUAGGUCAAACUUUAAACAGCUCGGUGACCUCAGGUCUCCAUAUCCCCAGCAGCAAAAACAAAGAGACUACGGCCUGAAUCUUAACUUCAGAUCUGCGUCCCUAAAUACAUUUUUCGCAGUUCUGAUUGAUUUUAAUGCACAGAUUUCAUGUUAGUGUUCAGCCCAUAUAGAGAAACAAGGAAACUAUUGCAUUUCUUCAUUCCCUCUGUUCUAGAACGGUUCUAUGAUUUCAGAAUGGAUUGUGCAUCCUGUAUUCCAAAGGUUAUUCCAGACUAUAGUGUGAGCAGACCAGAUGAGGCAUCAUCCUGUAUUCCAGGUUAUUCCAGACUGUAGUGUAAGCAGACCAGAUGAGGCAUCAUCCUGUAUUCCAAAGGUUAUUCCAGACUAUAGUGUGAGCAGACCAGUUGAGGCAUCAUCCUGUAUUCCAGGUUAUUCCAGACUGUAGUGUAAGCAGACCAGAUGAGGCAUCAUCCUGUAUUCUAGGUUAUUCCAGACUGUAGUGUGAGCAGACCAGAUGAGGCAUCAUCCUGUAUUCUAGGUUAUUCCAGACUGUAGUGUGAGCAGACCAGAUGAGGCAUCAUCCUGUAUUCCAGGUUAUUCCAGACUGUAGUGUGAGCAGACCAGAUGAGGCAUCAUCCUGUAUUCUAGGUUAUUCCAGACUGUAGUGUGAGCAGACCAGAUGAGGCAUCAACCUGUAUUCCAGGUUAUUCCAGACUGUAGUGUGAGCAGACCAGUUGAGGCAUCAUCCUGUAUUCCAGGUUAUUCCAGACUGUACAGUGUGAGCAGACCAGUUGAGGCAUCAUGCUCUAUUCUAUUCCAGUUGCCAAGUAUUGUUUCUGGUUACUUUUCCAUGAUCAUUGCCAACAGCUCUCUACUGCCAAACAUUUACAUUACCAUGUGCCUGAGGGGGGAGGGGGAGAGACUGUCAUACGGUUUCAUCAAAGAGGUGCGCAAGCGUGUCAAGAGAACACGGGUCUCAUUGCGCCUCCAGUGUGUGUGUGUGUGUGUGUGUCGAUGGUAUGUUUUGUUUUUGUGCAUGUGUUUGUCUUAGGGUGAAUCUCCAGAGAUUACACCUACAAACUUUGAUUGCCUUGCGUUGUAGACUACAGCAUUCCAGUACAGUCUGUGUGAGUGUGUGGCUUCUUAGCCAAGUCUUUCUGCAGUAUCUGAGCUUUUCAGCUUCUUGUGUUAUUAUUCCUCCUUCUGUUACAGUCCUCCAUAGUGUUUUAAUAUACGGCUGUCUCAAAUGACAACCUAUUUUUGUAUACGGGAAAUAGUGACAUUUUUAGAUGAGUCCUGUGUUUUAAAUGACACCCUAUUCCAUAAAGUGCACUACCUAUGGAAUGCCAUUUGGGAUGCAGAUAGUGUCAUAACCAGGACCUAGCCCAUAGCCUCCUGCUUUACAGAAGCAGUCUGAUGUACUGUUAAAUUGUGUCAAGGUAAGCAUGUUCUGGCCUAUUUGUGAUACCAUGCUUUCAGAGUACAGCAGAGUGGUGGUGUAGUGUCAAAAAGUGGUGCCCGUUGGCAAAAUGUUACCCCAUGCCAGGCCCAAAAACAUUUCUAACCUGUUCUGUACUGUGAUAAUGGUCUGAGUCUGAUGGUACCCCAACACACACGCUUGACUGUUGCCAUAACAACCCUUGACAUGGGUGUGGCAAAGUGCACCUGUAUUCACAAAGCGUCUCAGAGUAAGUGCCUCGCUAAUAACAGAAGCCUUUGAAACCAUAAUGAAUACGAGCGGGGACCUGAUCCUAGAACACCACUCCUACUGAGACACUAUGUGAAUAUAGGCCCAGCAUACGAGAAAGAGGAAGGUAGCAUUGUUUUUGAUUGUGGCUGUACAGAGCGUGUUCUGGAGUCUGUGCCAGGUUUUCCUUACUUGGAAGCUUUGGCUCCAGCGCAUUUUGGCGAGGAGACAGAGACCAGAGUUCGCCAGUUCGGGGUCUGUCAAACACUUAUAAACAUGUCCUCUCCCCGCAGAGAUGCAGGGCACUAUGGUUACAGUUUAAAAGGGAGCCUGACAGUAUUACACAGUGGGGAUGUGAGGAGUACAGUACAAGCGUGUGUGAGGGGGACUAUUCCGAUAUAUUGUGUACAGUGAAUGUAUUGUAAUGUGUGUCAAGUGCGUUUAAAUGAUAUUUUCAUAUGUUAAGUGGAGAACAAUGUUUCCUAUUUGUACGGAGGCAACAGAGGGUGUGAGGAAGGAGACCUGUGUACUAUAUCAAACUGUUUUUACAUAAGCUGCUGCUUCAUAAAUGUGAACACUAUUACAUUAAAAAUAAAGAGAACAUUAGCCAGAA